UCUAAGCGCUGUGUUGUCACAAGCCUCCACCUUCUAACCACUCGAGCCUCCACCACUCAGCAGUCUUCUUCAACCUCGCAGCAGUCUGUUUCUUUUUUUCUUUUCUUUUUUGAACUCAAUAGCAGUCGCAGCAGUCUCCGCCUCCUCUCCUCUGCAUAUUCCCAAGGAUUCUGUAGAUGCAAACAUCCAUGGGAGUGAUUGAUAUCUACAACACUGCUUCUCUCUGCUUGAUCAAAUCUAGCCACAGUCUUCACCAAUCUUUGCUUCCUCAAAGACGUAUUUGCUCGUUUGAAGUGAAUAAUCGAAGAAGGGUUAUUGCUAUGGCCUCCUUCACACCUGUAGAGCAUAUCAAUGAAGCUCAAGAGAGGGUAGCUGGCGAUUCAUUUAUUCGUUCCCAUUUGAGGAAACUGUCACCUUAUCAACCCAUUCUGCCUUUUGAGGUUUUGUCAGCUAGUCUUGGAAGGAAGCCUGAGGAUAUUGUCAAAUUAGAUGCGAAUGAAAAUCCCUAUGGUCCACCUCCAGAGGUAGCUGAAGCUUUGGGGUCUCUGAAAUUCCCUUACAUAUACCCUGAUCCUGAAAGUCGCCGACUUCGUGAGGCUCUUGCCAAAGAUUCAGACCUUGAAUCCAAUCACAUUCUCGUAGGAUGCGGUGCUGAUGAGCUCAUUGAUCUAAUUAUGAGAUGUACUCUAGAUCCAGGUGACAAGAUUGUGGACUGUCCUCCAACCUUUACAAUGUAUGAAUUUGAUGCUGCAGUUAAUGGGGCAGAAGUCAUUAAGGUUAUGAGAAAGCCAGAUUUUAGCUUGAAUGUUGAGCUCAUUGUUGAUGCCGUUCUACGAGAAAAACCUAAAUGUAUAUUCUUAACAUCGCCAAACAAUCCUGAUGGGAGUAUUAUCAGUGACGAAGAUCUCUUGAAAAUCCUUCAACUUCCAAUUUUAGUGGUACUUGAUGAAGCAUACAUAGAGUUUUCAGGACUGGAAUCUAGGAUGAAAUGGGUGAAGAAGCAUGAUAAUCUAAUUGUCCUGCGCACAUUUAGCAAAAGAGCUGGUUUAGCUGGACUUCGUGUUGGAUAUGGAGCAUUUCCUUCGAGUAUCAUUGAAUAUCUGUGGAGAGCAAAGCAGCCUUAUAAUGUCUCAGUUGCAGCCGAAGUUUCUGCUUGUGCAGCAUUAGAAAAUCCUACAUAUUUAGAGACGGUGAAAGAUGCUUUGGUACAGGAGCGGGAAAGGCUUUAUAAGCUGCUGAAGGAAGUGCCAUUUCUCACUCCAUUUCCAAGCUAUUCUAAUUUCAUUCUCUGUGAGGUUAAAUCUGGAAGAGAUGCUAAGAAGCUUAAGGAUGAUCUCGCAAAGAUGGGUGUUAUGGUCCGCCACUACAAUAAUAAAGUGUUGAAGGGUUAUAUUCGGAUAUCUGUUGGGAAGCCUGAACAAACAGAUGUCUUGAUGAAGUGUCUCAAGACCUUGUAUUGAUUGAUUCAGUGGUCAAUUGUGUUCCACUUUUGCAGCCCUUCGUGGAAGCCAGAACAAACAAGAUACUUGAAUUAAUUUUUUUCUUUUUUCUCUCAAAAUCCCCCCAGUGUCGUCACAAGUGUAUCUGGGUAGAAUGUUCUAUAAUCAUAGCAGAAGUGCAAUUGCAGGGCUAAUUUGGUUUUACCUCUUGCAAAUUCUGCAGAAUCCUAAGAAUUGCCAUGUAACCAUUGAACAAGCUCACUCAUCCGAACUAAAGAACCAGAAAACUGAAUCGAAUCAAACCUAUGUUCUGUA